AUGCUGAGUCUUCUUCGAGACGGUAGAACAGAUGGGACUGGUAAGGGUGGCGUUCAGUUAUCUUUAAUUAUUCCCUCGUUAUGAUUGUCUCAAGUUUCACAACAUUAUACCAAGCCAGUGGACUCCUUGCAAAGUAUGAAACAGUUUGAAGUCACUGCGAUUCCUUAGACAACUGCCCGUGCUGAGCGUUUUGUCAACAAGGAUCUUUCUUCAUGGUUUGAUUGGCUUCUAGUAACCAAUUGAUCAUGUCAGCAACAUUUUUUCUUCUUACUUUAUAGAUCUAUCAUUUGCUACUAUUCUGGCUCGACGAAUCCACAAACUUCUUCAAGAAAAGGAUGAACGGGCUGGAAAUAAGGCAAAUGACUGGCUACGCUCUGAGGCUUUAAGCGGUACUGGAAUCCAAGAAAAUGGAACAUUCAGGAAAGCCCUGUGGCAAAGAGUCUAUUCAUCAGUUAUUUCAAUUCUUUCUGAAGUAAUCGCUUUCGUUGACCGUGACUCCAACCUAGACCUGCUGAUGGAUGGAGGGAAUUGGUUUUCAAGUCUUUGGCUAGGGUUUUUCCAAAGUGAAAACAUAGUCGAACUUCAUUAUGAGAGCUUUUUGUCGCUGGAAAGUGAUAUCAUACGAGAACGUGUUCCUGUGGUCACCUCGGGUCGUGAAAAGCAGUCGUUUGAACUGCAGUUUCCUUUCUCUUGGAUAAUUAAGGAAAGAAUUGAUGCCAUGUGGAGGGAGGCUUCGAGCAUUGCUGGUGAGACACUUUUUUUCUUUUAAAAAAGAGUUGUUUCAUUUUUCAUAUUGUCUCUGAAAAACGUCUACGAUCUCAUCUUGAUACUGUUGUGUCCUUUGUUGUCCUUAGCGGGAUCAAACACGCCAAUUCAACAGUGUUUACAUGACCUUGUAAACAAUAGUGAAAUGGGCCGUUUUCUUGACGAGUCUUCGUUAGAAGGUUGUAAAGAAGCUGCCGUUGAGCGUUAUCUUCAUGAUUUUGUUCACAUGGUGCUGAAGCCAUUAGUACCUGAAGAGGAAGAGGUAUAAGGCAUAAUUUCCGGAAUGUUACUGGUGUUUUCCUACCCUGCACUGAUUAAGAUUAUUUUGCAUUAUAUACUAGGGUUUUUUUUUUAAUCCAUAAGAAUUGUUUUGAGCCGUUUUAUAUGCCUAUUUUCUAUUUUGAGAAAUUCUCAACUUAAAACUGACGUUUGCCGUUUGCCGUAAACGUGACUCUGAAUCUCUCAAAUGUCUUAAUAAUGUCAUGUACACUACUGGACCUUUUUGUGAAUGAGGGUUGCAAGUAAAGCAAAUCUUUCUCGUAGACACUGCAAUAAUAUACUGGUAAGAGCUCACCGCUAGCCUUUUUUUGAUUUUGUUUUAGCUACUCCGUCAGGCUAUUGUCACAGCCGCUCGCGAAUGGUAUGUCGACUCGAAUUUUUCAGAGGAGUUUAAUCUCAGCAUCCCUCUUAUCCAUGUUGUGUAUGACGCCAUCGAGAAACGCUUGGCAAAUUUCAGCCAACUGUUACAUGCGCAGCGGGACAUUGUAAGCGGUCUUCUAGAAGUCAUUCCGCCCAACGAACAGGAGAUGGUAAGAAAGGGUAUAAGUUAGGUAGCCUAAUAAUUAAUAUGUCCCAUGACUGGGCUUUCGAGGGCACAGGAAAGAAACUAAGUAGUCUACUAGACGGUUUUCUUUUUUUGGGCACAAACCCGAAGCUACGUUUUGUUGUUACUUCGCAUCUUGCAAAGUGUUCUUGAAAACUGUAAUCGUAAUGUAAGUGUUCUGCACUCACAUAAAUUACUUAGCACUAAAAAUGUAUAUUUGGUAAAACACACUCCCUGUAAUACUUUCUGCUUUGAAGAAAGUAGUAGUUGUCAUGUGGUUUGUAGGACCUAAUGCACAUAUUUCCCUCAGAAACUCUACGGAAUAGAUGCAAAAAUAUGUUGUUUACUUUCUGUGAAUGGACUUGUAUGAAAAGCCGACCAAUAACCCUAUUGAACACUUUCUUUCAUGGAUACAUUACCUAUUACUCCCUACUCCACAGUGUUUUCACAAAGCUUAGGCAGAGAAACUCGAAAGCACAACCAGCACCAACUUUGUCCCAAGACAGUGAAUGUAAUGAAGAAAGAUAUCAAACUUAAACAUGGCCGGAUAACACUAUCUGACCGUCUAUUGUAGUGUAGUAGCUUCUGACUACUAACCUUGUGAUUUGCGAGGGAGAAACCCGACUCCUGGCACAAAACAUUUACUCUCGGAAAUCCUUGCUGUGACUAUCUAAAGCUCGUGCCUCUGGGCUACCCAUGACUGUUUCCUUAACUUCUUGAAUCCAACAUUUAGGUCCUUGAUGCAGUUGCCCUUCGGUUGUGUUUGUCACAGCUUGAACCAAGAGCAGAAGAGUUCGCUGAUUCUCAGACUUGCUUAGUGUGGUGCAACAGAGUCCUGUCCAUCAGAUCAAGCGCCGAAAACAUGCUUUACAGCAAAUCACAGUAUGGACCUAAAUCAACUCAGAUUCUUAAUCAUUGCAGGUCUGUGACGAGCAAUUUAGUGAUACCUGGAAAAACGAUCCUUGUAGUCUGUUGCAAAUCUCUGGUAAAUCCUUAUUACACUAAGGACAGCCUAAAAAACAAGUAUUGUAAAUUUAGAAUUCUUGCAAUAGCUCUUUUACUGCUAAUAAAGGCCGAAGAAAUUUGAAAUUUCUUUUUGCAAAUUCCACGAAAUAAAUAGCAAUAUGAAAACUUUCUGCAAAAGAGGCUUCAUGUGAAUAGUAAUACUAUAGGAUUCCAUCCACAGAUAAAGAACUUAGAUUGACAUGAUGUUUGAGCCAAAAGGUUUAUGUAAAAUACGUUCUCUUCAUAAUAGGUUCCUUGAUCUUUCGGUUCACAGUGGUUUAGACCUCUUUUUCCUGGUCUUUAUCAGGCGAUGAUCAAAACAGAUCUGAUGAAGACCAGCAGGACGCUGUUGAAACUUGGCGAUCAAUAGGAAAGUGACUGACGUCUAGAAUUCCAAAUUAUGUUGAUUAUUACUUUCCAUGCUAUUCUCUUCUUUAUUUCGCCAUCCCAACAGGUCAACUUGGCAAAGAGUGUGCGCUGUAAGACUGUUUAUAGAACACACCUGUCUUGGUUCAUCGACAUGUCAUCCAGCGGAUGACGUAAAUGCUUUCAAGCUUUGGAAGGUGAGAAUCAACCUUUUCUACCCAUCCCCAAGCUUUGGAACGAGGUUGGGUGAGAAUAGAAGGCACCGUGGUACUCUCGUCUUUUCUAUGUAUUUUAGCCGGUGACUUUAAGUUAAACUAGCAAGAGUGUUCCAUUAAGUUGUAGAUCCCGAGCUUUUAGAUGCCUUACUCCUCAAGGGUUAUACUUAGAGUGCCGUAACUUGAGCCCCAGACAAAGUUCAGUCGUCAAAAUUGCCUGAUGAGUGUGGUCGUUUCACCAUACGAAACAGUUCUGUAGCAAUAAAACGAUGAUUACUCGUGAAACCUGAACUUCUGUGAAGUUAUAUGUAGAUAUAUAUGUAUAUAUAUAUAUAUAUAUAUAUAUAUAUAUGUAUAAUUUCUUAGAAAAAGCAGCGUUUUUACAAAAAUAUAUUUUUUGUUAGAAAGUUGAUUUUUUUAUGUAAAAAAGAUGUAUUUUUACAGAAAAAAUUUUUGUAACAAAGCUGCUUUUCAUGUAAAAAAGCCUAUUUCUGUAAAUAAUGCCUUAUUUGUGAUAUUGUGCUUAUUUACACACACAUAAAUAGGCAGCUUCUUGGUUUUUACUGAACCACAUUGAUGUGCUUCUCAAUGAUUCUUAAAUCAAGUUCGCGCUCCUAUUUUACAACAGCCUGUAGGUUGGUUGUAGAAGUUCUUUCGUUUACUAUUAUUAUUGUGUGAGCCGAAAACUGUACUGUUAUGCAUCCUUUUUUCCAAGGUUAUCAGGUGCAAUAAUUGGUUUAAAUGUCAACAAAACACUUGGCUAUAUUAUAAAUGAAGUCACUCUGUUUACAUACAUUGAUAAGGGGCAGGAUGCAAGACGCGUGCACGCGUGGUCCAAGUUGUUAAGAAAUUAUAUGUUACUCAUUCAUUUUAGCAUUGAAAGUCCGAGAAACAAAAUAAUGCAACUCGAUUAGUGUCAUCUUACCCCGGGGGGGAAGGGCCUGAUAUAAACCAUAUAGGUAUGUGCCGCCCCAAAGGGUAGGAAUUUUGCGCCGUGUUGGCCUGUAGACGGGUCCCAUUAAGUACGGCUGUGUAUCAAUGUGUUCGUCUUUUCAAUUCCAAAAAAGAAGAAAGUGUAAUAUGUGGAUUCGAAAUGACUUUUAAGAAAUCUGUUUGUUGCGGUUUUCGUCUUAUCAAUGAUAACAUAAUUUCUGUUUCCAAACACGUAAUGUUGUGUUUUGUUACCACCUCCAGAACUGAAAAAGGAUGUGGGAAAUGACAUUUUUUUUGGUCCGAAAUACUGCCAGGAUUUGGAGAACCGGGCGGCGGCACACCCCUACCAAGAAUUCCCUUUAUUCCUUUUAUGCCUUUUAUUCCCCAGAACUAUAACAAUUCUAUUUAUAACAGUGCUUCCUGUCAUCCCUUUUUAUUUCUUUUUUUAAAAUUCAUUUUUAAAUCUCAGAAAGCAUAACAUUGCAACCUUCUUUUCAAGGACACCAAUGAAAUGAAACAACAACAGACAUUUGAUAAUGCGGAAAAAAAAAAAUUGUUCUGACUGCCGGACAUACAACAAAAGACUUUAGGGGUGCCCGGGUCUAAUAUGAAAAACCGAACUAUGAGAAAUUCAUGCCAAUGGCCUUUUGGAUGUCUUCUUUUGAUAUCUGCGAGAGCUCUGAUUCAUCAUCCUUCACCUCUCCAAAGGAGUCAGAGCAUAGCCUUUCGGCGAGGCUUUCCUUCGCUAGCUCAAAUAAACGAUCACAAAACCCCGCAUUCCACGCCUUUCUAAAAUCCUCCGGGGUGUGCAGAGCGAUCAGAUUACCCAAUUCCUGUACUGUUAUGUCAGUAUUGAAACCACGCGUUUGAAGCUUCCGCAUGAAAAUAUCAGCAAGUUCUUCGCACGUGAAGUCAUCACAUAUGAACAUUGCUCUUAUUCUACGCCUAAAACCGGGGUUCAAUUUUAUGAACUCUUCCAUCCGAGCUGGGUAUCCAGCAAAUGUCAUCACUGGAUUACCUCGGAGCAUGGCUUCCAUCAAGGUAAUCCUUCUCGGAGUCCACCUUCAGACGAUACGCCUCAUCUACGAAAAGUACGCCGCCCUCUGCCCGCUCGAUACACACUUUCGUCUGGAGGCAGUCUGCCCGAGAAACGAGGCAACAAGAUCGGGUCGUUGAACUUCGACCAACUUUGAUGUUUUGGUAAUUCCCAGGUCUUUCAAGAUGCCUAGAAAAAUAUAAAUACAUUUUAACCUCCAUUAAGCAGCUACCCUCCGGGUACCUGUAAGUGAUCACUUAAUAGAGAUUAGCCGGUCGAUAGAGGUUCAUCAGCAGAAACUUCGCUUUAUUUUGAAACAAGUGCGCGAGGGAAGGUGUGUUACGGGUCCACAAUUGGCCGUCACCUUCUAUAACGACGAUACUUUCCUUCAUCAUAUUCGUAACUAGACGUACGACUGGUUAAUUAAGGUGACAACAAUAGAAUAACCCGUUGUCGGUUGCCGCUGUCGCUCAGUGGAGGUGGCGGCUUGAAAUGUGUAUAACUUCUUAGUCCAGUCAUUCGUUCCUACAAUUUGAUCACUGGCCGCUUAUAAGAGGUUGCCCUCUUAUUGAGGGCGCAACUGUUAUUUGGCUGAUGCCAGUAAUCGGGAAUUCACACACCUGCCAUCAACCUCCCUAUCGUCAUUUUCCCAGUUCCCGGAUUACCCAUGAGCACCAUGUGGUAAACAGGUGGAUCUUUCUUGUCUUUACCAGAGGCCCCUGCUGUAAUUUUAUAGGACGCCCGCUACGAAAUACAGAUAGCCAGGUGAAAAAAUAAAGUCAAGACGUUAACAUUGCUACCGUUGGGUAUUGUAGAACAACUGGCUUUCGGUCCCCGUCAAACUGUAACCUAUUCAGAUUUUAUUGGUAGUCGGGAAUGGGAAAAUAAUGAUAUUGAAAGAAACGACAGGUAGAUGUACGAUGAAUUAAACGUACGUGUGACACUAACCAUUCGCGGGAAGUCGCUGUAAUCCUCACAAUACUGGUGUAAUGCCCCAAUUCAUGGCUUAUUGCUCCCCACAAUAUCACGUUAUUGGCACUGGACCCGUAAAGGGGCAUUAAUUCACCAGGAUUAGAAAGGGAAAACUCCGAUAACGUCAAUGGAAUGUCAACUUUAGCCUGCAAGAAAAUUAAAAAUAAAGUGCACUUUAAUGGUUGGUUUUCACAAAUCUUUUAAGUCAGGUUUGGUAACCCAAACAUCAUGUGCUGAUGCAUGUCAAAAUUUAACUACAACUUCAGGUUUUCUUACGUUAACUGUACGGUUCAGGCAAAUAGCAAAUAAGUUUGCAAGUCUUCUAUACUUGAUCACUCUUCGUGGUGCCGCUGAUAGCUCUAUAUCCUAUGACGCAGAAAAGAAAAACAGAAAUGAAAACGUCAGUAGGCUAUGUCGCAAAAAGGUCAGGUAUAAACACAUGAAGAACUAAUCAGAUUAUCGAGUUUCAUUGGCUACAUUUCAAAUAGGAUGAAUAUCGGAAUAUCUUUUGCUUACCUUGGUGACUCCUGUCUGCACGACCUCCAAUAAACGAGUAAGUGAGUCUCCUUCCUCCCAACUGGCCGGCACGAUUAGAUAGUUACACGGAGACAAUGGACACUGAGUUAAGAAAAUCAUUUAAUGCUGUUAUUUGAACAAUAAUUUGUCCUUUUUGUUUCCAUGUAUCUUGGAAGGGAAUGAACAAAUUUACACUGACCGGAUGCUUUAAGUUAAUUCUCCCAAAAAAGAAGACGCAAUAAUAUCUGCAUGCUGCGUUAUUUUGCCUACUCAAGACACAUUUAUAAUAAAAACCGGUUACUGAAUUUUUCAUUCCAAAACCGAAACAACAGUACGUUACCAACUAUGACGCCAUCCAAAAGCCGGCUUUAGAUGACCAAGCGUAGCGACAGGAUUUUAUAAACAGUUUUAUUUCUUGAUUAAUAUUUGUUAGUUGAGAAAAAGGAUACUGUCGAUGAAGACGUUCCCAUUUUCAUUAUCUGCAUCGGAGUCAUGCACACGACUAUAAUACGUUUCUUUGAAAGACUUGCACGUCCCCUCAAAGAGACCAUCCUGGUCCUUUAAUUAAAAAUGGUAAUGCAUCACUGUUCAGCCAUUGUCAACGUUUGUCAAGUUGCCCCACCCUUUCAAUGCCCCAUUUUGAUAGUGAACUUAACCGGAGGCGUAUUUUCAGCGACGGGCUGCAACUGAAAGUGGCUCUGCCCAUGUUUCCAAACAAUCUCCUCUACAGGAUUAAUAACAGUUAGCAAUACUAAUUUGCUACGUCGAAAAAUGUUUGAGGCCCGGCAAAGGCCUCACUUCCUGACGGAGUGCGUUGCUAAACAAAUCACCUUUCCUUAAGCUCCCCUUUUUUGGGAAUACAGCUUCAA